CAAACUACUGUUGACAAACAGUAAAUAUACCACCAAGUUUCUGAACCAAAUUGCCGUAGACGUCAAGCUAGGGGCAAAAUCGUCCAACUUUUUCUGUAAAAUCUGAAACAGAAAACAAACGAUAUCAGUGCGUUCAGGACGUCAAAAUAAGUAAACUGCCCGAAAAAAGCUCGCCGGAGCCGCCGCCGCCGGUCACGCGCCCCACCACAGGGUGCGCCUCCUCCUGCUGGUCAUGGUUCCAUGGUCCAUUUCGCCGGAAAGUCAAUAGAUUGGCCGGAAAUCAAGUUUUCAGAUUUGGUCAGAAAGUGGUAAUGGCGAUUUCCUUGCUGGUUUUUGAUUGAUUUUGGACUAAUAUCACUCCUCCUAGCUCUGAUACCAGUUUGUUGGGGAUCCUAGGAGUUCAAUCAACCAAAACAUCAAACAAUAGAAGAAAUUCUAAGGCAAAACAAUGAAAAAGGGAUGGAAAAAUGCAACCUGUCUUUGGCCGAAAUUUCUGCAGUUUUCCUUCCUCGUUUCAGCAGCUUCUUCUUCUAUUUAUGGGUGUUUUUCAGGCUCAGGAACAACCCUCCAUGACUUGCAAAUCACCUUCAAAGAGAGGGGGGGGGGAAAAUCCAGCAAAGAACCACCACCUUAAGCUAAAACCAAGAGCUCACUUUCUGCUGGGAAAAAAACCGAGAGCUCCUCUUUCUCUGCCAAAAACGUGGGAAGACCUUAUUGUGUCAACAUCAAUACCAUCAAGUCACAACAUCUCCCCCAAGAUGAAAUCUCGGCCGUCGAUCUUCAUCCAAUGGUCCACAAAAAACUGAAUAGAUGGUGUUAGAUUCCUUGAAGGGGAGAACAAAAUGCUACAAAAUGUUCCACAUCAGAUUGUGCAAUCUCCAGCCAGGCUAGGCCUACCAAAUCCCAAUUCACCAUCUCUUCAGAACCUGACGCCUCCUAAAUUCACCUCCCAAACCCCACAAUCUCUCCAUCCCAAUCAAUCCUCAAAUCAGUUAAUGGCAACUUACGUUUCCUCAACACUCCUUCCUCUCCUCCCACCCCUACCUAGAGCUCAAUCUCUUCUUCUCCGAAUAGCAUCUCUUGCCUCGAGACUUUUUGAAGUCUCACCCAAUCGUUCUCAUUGGCUCAGUGCCUUUCGAGGCUCCCUUCCUUCCUUUUUGUCUUCCCAAACCCAAUCCUUGGUACCUACUCCACCAGAUUCAUCUCCUUCAUCCAUUAAAGAAAUCCUCACCCAGUUCACAUCUCUUCAAAAUCAACUCUUUGAAGCUGUUGCUGAACUCCAAGAGAUUCUUGAUCUUCAAGAUGCUAAACAGAAGAUUACUCGUGAAAUCCAGUCAAAAGAUUCCACAAUUCUUGCUUUUGCCAAUAAACUUAAAGAGGCUGAGCGUGUUCUUGAUAUUCUUGUUGAUGAUUAUUCUGAUUAUCGCCACCCUAAACGAUCUAAGUCAAUUGAAAAUGAAGAAUAUUCUUCCACGACCACUGUGGCAACUCAGCUGAAAUUAUCAGAUAUAUUGUCCUACGCCCACAGGAUAAGCUACACAACUUUUGCACCUCCAGAAUUUGGUGCUGGACAGGCUCCUCUCCGGGGGGCACUUCCGCCUGCACCGCAAGAGGAGCAGAUGCGUGCAUCACAGUUAUAUAACUUUGCAGAUCUUGAUGUUGGUUUAUCUAAAACAGAUGAAGGUAAAGAGAGAACAAUUGAACCAUUCAUAGAAACCCCAACUGCACAGCCAUCAGAAAGCAAUCCACUGGUGAAUCUGGCAGCAAUUCCAGGUUUGCUUCCUCCAAAUUUUUCGGUCCCAUCUGGAUGGAAACCUGGGAUGCCUGUGGAAUUGCCUACUGAUCUGCCAAUUCUUCCUCCACCUGGGUGGAUGCCUGGUGAUCCAGUCACAUUGCCUCCGUUUGAUUCCCUUCCUGUUCCACCAGGGGCUGAGGAGCAACAGACAAGACCUAUUCCUCCUCCAGGCCUGACAAAGGUACCAGAGCCAAUACAGGUUCGGCAUGUGCAACUUGACAUUGAAGAUGACAGUAGUGAUUAUAGCAGUGAUGUAGGCAGCUCUGACAGUGGAGAUUGACACUUGGUAUGGGAUCUUUUUAAGUUAUUUUCUGUGUUGUUAUGUAUUGGAGUUCAACUUCAUUCCUUUCAAACAAAAUGGAAACCGUUGCAUGAUGUUA